CCAUUCUCUUCUCUUUUAUCAUUUACUUGAUUACUAUAAAUACUAUAUGUGAACAAAGACUUUGCAGAGGUACUCAAAAUCAAUUAUGCCUCACCAAAAAUCAUGUCAAAAACUCUUCACCAUCUAUCUCAUCUUGCUCUCUUUAACCCUCACUUUUCUUGCUUUGUCUUUUAAGACAAAACCCCUUACUACCAACCCUUCACUUAUCCAUUCUACCCAGGAUUGGUUUGAUUAUCUUCUUGCUAAAAAGAUAGAUACCAAGAGAAUCAAGAUUGGAUUAGUCAACGUAGAUGACGAUAUAAGGAGUCUUUAUGAUACAUACGGAUUAGUUGAGACUGUCCAUGUUGAUUUUGAGCCUAUUCCAGAAGACAGAAAAUGGGAAGACUUCUUCCCUGAGUGGAUAGAUGAAGACGAGAAGUGGGGUCCGCCGCGGUGCCCGGAGAUCCCCAUGCCACGGCUGAAGAAUUACCGUGGCUUGGAUGUGGUGGUGGCUAGGGCUCCUUGUGUUGGUACUGGUGGUGGGAGGAAAGGUAUCAGGGAUAUACGCAGGAUGCAAGUGAAUUUGGUGGUGGCCAAUCUUGUGGUUGCUAACGGAUGGGUCAAACCUGAUAUUGAUCGGACGGUGUAUGUUGUGUUCAUGGGAUCAUGUGGGCCCAUGCAAGAAAUUUUCAGAUGUGAGGAUCUCCUGUCACAUAUAGGUGAUUAUUGGGUGUACAAACCUGAUUUAAAGAAAUUGAAGCAGAAACUACUAAUGCCUGUUGGUUCAUGCCAGAUUGCCCCUCCUUAUGCACAGACAGGUGAUGAAAUAUGGAGACAUUAUUUGUUAAAACCAAUGAGCCUAAACCAGACCACAUACAAACGAAGGAUUGCCUACGCAACAGUCCUCCAUUCAUCCGGAGCUUAUGUUUGUGGUGCAAUUGCUUUAGCACAAAGUAUCAUUCAAACCAACUCAACCAAAGACCUAAUCUUACUGCACGAUUCAUCCAUAACUCCAAAGUCUCUCCGAGGAUUGAGAGCUGCCGGUUGGAAAACCAAGUUAAUCCAACCCAUCAGAAGCCCUUCCGCCAAGCCAGGAUCAUACAAUGAGUGGAACUAUAGCAAGCUUAGACUUUGGCAGUUAACAGAUUACGACAAGGUUAUUUUCAUAGAUGCUGACAUUGUAGUGCUUAAGAACAUCGAUCAGUUCUUCACUUUUCCACAAUUGUCAGCAUCUGGCAAUGACAAGUCGUUCUUCAAUUCAGGGAUCAUGGUGAUAGAGCCAUCAGAGUGCACAUUCCAGGACUUGAUGUCGAAGACUCCCAAGUUAACUUCUUAUAACGGUGGUGAUCAAGGGUUUCUUAAUGAAGCAUUCACAUGGUGGCACAGGUUGCCUGCAAGGUUAAAUUAUCUUAAGGUUUUUCGGGGUCCAAGAAACGAGAAUCAUCCAGUCCCAGACAAUCUUUAUGCAAUUCAUAUGUUAGGGUUGAAGCCGUGGAUGUGUUAUAAGGACUAUGACUGCAACUGGGAUAUGAAAGAUCGCCAUAUUUUUGCUAGUGACUCGGCUCAUCGGAGAUGGUGGCAAGUAUAUGAAGCCAUGCCCAAGAAAUUGCAGAAAUAUUGUGGGUUAACGAAGCAAAUGGAUGCAAGAAUCAGGAAAUGGAGAGGGAUAGCUAAUAAAUUAGGUUUGCCAGAUGGGCAUUGGAAGAUCAAUGCAAGAGACCCCAGGCAACACCAUUUUGUUGGAUGAUUUCUUUUCCCCCAGUUUUCAAACUUGUAGGUAGAUAUAUUACCUAUCUUUUAGGACUGAAAUUGUCAUAAAGUCCUAGAAAAUUACUGUAUUAUACAUAUUUUUAUUUGAUGUCAAUCAAUAUUAAUUUUUAUUUUCUUUAAA